AACACAAGAUCAAACUUCGUUUGCAAUUAUGGCUUCUUCAAUCAAUGGCCGUAAUGCAAGUGAGAUCUUUCAAGGUCAAACUCUCUUGUACAAACACUUGUAUGCCUUCAUAGACUCUAUGUGUCUCAAAUGCAUAGUUGAGCUUGGAAUACCAGACAUAAUCCACAACCAUGGCCAACCCAUUACUCUUCCUGAGUUGGUGUCAAUUCUACAAAUUCCACCAGCUAAAGUUAGUCAAGUGCAAAGUCUCAUGCGCUACCUGGCACACAAUGGAUUCUUUGAAAGAGUAAGAAUCCAUGAAAAAGAAUCAUAUGCUCUCACUGCUGCUUCAGAGCUACUUGUCAAAAGCUGUGAGCUUAGUUUAGCUCCAAUGAUUGAGUUUGUUCUUGACCCAACUUUGUCAAAUUCAUUCCAUCAAUUGAAAAAGUGGGUUUCUGAGAAAGAUCUCACAUUAUUUGACAUCUCCUUAGGAUCACAUUUGUGGGACUUUCUUAAUAAAAACCCUGCACUUAACAAGUCAUUCAAUGAGGCAAUGGCUAGUGAUUCUCAGAUGAUGAACUUGGCGUUGAGAGAUUGCAAUUGGGUCUUUCAAGGACUGGAAUUCAUUGUGGAUGUUGGUGGUGGAACUGGAACCACAGCCAAGAUUAUAUGUGAAGCAUUUCCUAACUUGAAAUGCAUUGUGUUUGACCGUCCACAAGUUAUAGAGAACUUGUCAGGAAGCAACAAUUUGACAUAUGUUGGUGGGGACAUGUUCAAAUCUAUUCCUAAGGCUGAUGUAAUUCUGCUUAAGUGGAUUCUACAUAAUUGGACUGAUAAGGAUUGCAUAAAGAUAUUGAAGAACUGCAAAGAAGCUAUUUCAAAUAAUGGCAAAAGAGGAAAAGUGAUUAUCAUAGAUGUUGUGAUAAACGAAAAAGAAGAUGAGCACAAAGUUACGGAACUAAAGCUCGUUAUGGAUAUAACCAUGGCAUGUGUUAAUGGAAAAGAGAGAAAUGAAGAAGAAUGGAAGAAACUCUUCAUGGAAGCAGGGUUCCAAGACUACAAAAUAUUUCCCUUGACCAAAUAUUUGUCUGUUAUUGAGAUCUAUCCUUAGACAUUAAUGUUUUGAUUAAUUUAAUAAUUGCAUGUUAUGAAUUGAAUAAAGUGAGGUGUUUGAUUUUGAUGGUAGUUUAGUAGUCAAAUAUGAAUUGAAUAAAGUGAGGUGUUUUAUUUCUUUUAUGCAAAAGAUUCAAGUAUGAUCUGCUUUCUGUUUUACAUUUUUAUUGUGGAUAUAAUGUCAUUUCAGUCUUUCUUUUGGAUUAAA